AUGAUCUGUAGCUUUAACUUGGGUAAGGAUUUAAUCAUCUUUUCAUCUGACAAUUCCAUGAAGGACUACUGUGAAGCUGAAAAAUUUCAAAAGGGAAGGGAAGAAUAUAAUCUGAUUUUGCAGAAGCAAUAUAACGGACAAGCUAUGCCUUUGAUUGGGGUGAAAUUUAGUACAAAAAAAGGGGUUGGUUUUAAAAAGCUCGUCACUAUUUAUAAAUCCAUACCUAUACCCUGGGAAUCAAUUAGACUAUUCGAUCAAAAGAAAGAUAGGCACACUUUCUGCACUGUUUACAAAAGUUCUUGUAAAAAGCAUAAAAAAUAUACGUUUAAAUUUGAACCAGACCCUCAAGACCUGUCUAAAAACUUCGAAACUUGCUUGUUUUAUCCCAAAAAGGCUCAUAUUGGAGAUAUACCAAGAAUCAGAAAAUAG